CGCGCCACGAGACAUUCAUUUGUUCAACAUGCUCUUCACGGCCAAGAAGUCGCUCGUCGCUUGCGCGUAUGGCCAAGCCAUCUUCAUCUACAACGGUGCGUCGUCCUUCCUUCUCUCGACGGCGUCGCAGGUCGUGGCCAUCGCCUUGAACGCCGAGGCGACCUUGCUCUCGGUCGUCACGCAGGACAAGAAGCUCACGGUGUACGAGAUGAACUCGACGCGCGGCGAAGUCGUCUCUACGCGCGAAGUGCCGCGCAACACGACGAGCAUGGUCGCGGCCGCGUACGGCGGCAAGGAAGCCAUCCUCGUGGGCGGCAACGCCGGCGAGGUCAACGCGUACCCGCUGCCGGACGUGACGGCGGGCGAGAAGAGCCUCCUUCAGCACACAACGUCGAUCAUCACGGACGUCGCGAUGAGCGUCGACGGCAAGUACCUUCUCACGGCGGACCGCGACGAGAAGGUCCGCGUCUCCCACUUUCCGGCGACGACGCUCGUGCAAAACUACUGCUUGGGCCACCGCCAAUGCGUGCGUCAGAUUGCGACGUGCACCGUGACGCCGUCGCUCUUUGUCUCGGUCGGCCUCGACGACGCGUUGCACCUCUGGGACGUCGAGACGGGCGCGCUCCUCGAUGCCUUUGCGCUCGACACGUCCGACACGAAGCACUGCGGUCUCUCGGUGUGCCCGCUCACGAACCGCAUCGCGCUCGUCCGCAACACCGACAUGGCUGUGCGCUUCUUUAGCAUCAACGCGGACAAGAAGAUCGUCGCGUUGCCGUUGAUGCUCCCUGAAGCGAGCCAACCCUCGAACGUCAUCUUCAACGAGAGCGGCCACGUGCUCGUCGGCUACAAGGCAGCGCCGUUUUUGCAGCAGUUUGAUAUUGCCGGCGAGACGCCCGCGCUCAAGUCGAUUGCUGGUGUCGAUGCGUUCGCUGCGAUCGCCGAGACGACCGUCCUUGGCGACGUGGACGAGGAAGACGGCGACUCGGACGACGGCGAGCUGCGCAAGAAGAAGCUCAAGCCUUCCCACUGGAAGAGCAAGAUGCCGGGCCAUAAGGGCAAGGAGACGACGACCGAAUAGAGUGCUAUAUUGACCUUGU